UUUUUUAUUCGAUAUCUGUUUACGAAUUUUAGCAAUUUUUUGGAGUUCUCGUUUGUACCAACCAGAAGUUUUUUUUUCAGCACUGUUUCAAAAUAUUUUAAAAAAUGGACGAUUAUAGUAAUAUCAUUGGCAAAUCAACCAUAAUAUCAACUGCUAGCUCAAUUAACAAAGUGAUUAAAGCGAUGGUUGAAAACAAAACAAAAACAAAUGGUGGUCCCGGUAAUGAAAUCGAGUUACUUAAAAAGUUGUGCAAAUCGGAUAAUCCACAAACAGCUCAAAUUGCGGUCCAGGCGCUUAUUCAGCUCGUACGUUCAGGCUCGUUGGAUCUAGGACAGGUCCUGAGCAUACUGGUAACCACUUUGACUGGCUCAAGCUCAGCACAUUUCGCAGCUAUCAGCAAUGGAAUGUUUGAGUUACUAUUACUUGAUCUGCGCCGACGGUGUGCUGCUCUGGGAGAAAGUAAAUAUGUUUGCCCGUUCGAUAUUAAGUCGCCUCAGCAUCCAUUGAUUCUACUGCUGGAUAAUCAAAAUGUGGCAAACAUGCUGUGCUUCUCAGCCAAGAUCCACGAAAUUUGUCAGCAUCAUGAUCAGUUGAUUCGUAAAAAUAGCAUUGAGUUCUUGAAGCCAGUCUUUCUGUACAUAUUCUGCAAUAUCUCGACAUUUCCUGAAAGCUUAAAAAUUUGGCGUACCUUACUCAAAUGUUGCGAUACCGGCAAUGAAAUGGCACUCAGUUUGGUGUACGAUAUCUUGUUUUGGAGCAAGACUUCUACAAGUGAAAAGGUUCUGUUCACUAAUAGUUUAUUGUUGGAAGCGUUGGAUGUUCUUCCCAGCGACAAGCAAUUUGAUUCACUGCGUGGGGAUCUAUGUUUAUACCUGGCAGCCGUAACCAAAGAAAUGGUCAGUUUUAAUUUUGACCCAUCCGGUAAUUUUCUACAGAUUCUAUCGGUCCUACACACCCUCAGAAGUAGCAAAAGUUUAAACUACAGUAUAUUGCUGAUGGUUUUAGCAGAUCUGUUACAAUCGUUAACGCCAGCCUAUGUUUUGGGGUUGUUGCGAGUAGUUCGCUUUCUGUUGGAUAAAGGUUGCAAUCGUCUAAGCCAGCUGAUGGUAUUGGAUGGAACAGUACAACUGUUGGGACAACAAACUUUUAUAGACAGUUAUCUGGGGCAUUGUGAUAAUAUUUUACAAAUUGUGCUAAGCACCAAUUCUAGAAAUACUAUUGAAGAAACUAACGCUAAUCAAAUGGCAAUAUAUUUCCACAGAGAUUUAGCAAAAUAUCAACAGUUUCAUCGGUGGUGGAGUCUCGUGGAAAGUGGUAAAAUUUCUGUCGAUUCUAGUCUGGAUAACGCAACUGUGAAUCAGAGGUUUUUUGAACAAAAUAAUCUCAUUCUAAGAGGUUUAUUUUAUGAAAAAGAACUUUCUUCGACAAGUUGGGAAAAAGUUUUUGAACUGUUGAUUGGUAUGUCGAAAGCAGAUGAGAAGAUCGGGUCGAGAAUCCGUAUGCCAAUACUCUUCACACUUGCAAAUGAUACAAGCCCAAAGAAGCGAAUGCUCUUGCUGCAGAGUUUGGCAUCGAUGGGCGCGAAAGAUCAUGUGCUCGGAGUGUUAAAAGCACUGACUAAAGAUGUAGACCGAGCUACAAGUUUGAGCCUGUAUCUGCGACUGUGGAAAGCAGAACCGAGAACGUAUCCGUUUUUAUACGAAAUUCUCAAGGAUACUAGCCGGCGGCCAAAAGAGGAUCCGUGGGAGACGACGUUUGCGAGAAUCUACACCAUUAGGGAAAUAUGCUUGAUAAAACCACAACAGCAUGGCGCAGAUCUGGUUAAUUUAUUCUCAGAGAUUCUCAGUCACCCGGAGGACGCAAAUAACGAGGCUGCCGUUGCGUUGGCACUCGAUGCCAUCGCUAGUCUCUGUGAAAACGACGUCGUCAAUAUCGUAUCCACCUGGAAAGUACUCGGAUUCAAAUUUACUCACGAAAGGAGACCACGCAUUAUUCGUAGUUUGUGCAAAUUUUUCACCAACGUGCCUUCCAUUCAGUUGAACUCCAUCGAACAGGAAAAGCUGGUUAACGAUAUCGUCGGGAAACUAUGGCAUUUUGUUACCGAUUUCGAUGAACGUGAAGUGAUCGUAGCUGCGCUGGACGCGUUGAAAGCAUUUCCACCAGAAAUAAUGAAUAUAUUUCAGAUUCCGGAAAUUUUCCGCCAAGGUAUCAUUCUUCCCACCGAAGAUGACGACACACUUGAUGCAAAGCAAAUCCCAGGUGAAUGCUGGGUUAACUUGAUGCAAUACGUCAAUCACAGUGCUAUAGAGGAAGCUGGGGAUCUUGUUGCACAUCAUAUUCGCAACGAGAUGAAAUCUUACCGAGGUGGGAUCUAUCUUACUCCAGCAGGUCGACCUGAACCUUCAACUCUACGAUACCUACCGAACAAGAGCAUACUGGCAGCAGUCGUGCAUUGUUUGAUCAGUCAAAAAAUAAAACAAUCUUCUGGAAGUAACAGCUUAUUUCUGUACAACCUUCUCAGAAUAUUAGCUAAAAAACUUCCGAAACCGAUCCCUCCGCUGGAUUGGUGUUUUCUGCAUGAAUAUAUCCACAACUGCUUUGAGAUGAAGAAGUACUGCUUGCUGAUUGCAAUUAAACAAAUGCCCCAUUCGGGAACAGCCAAACGAUUAGUUGAAAAUUACCUAAGCGAAAUGAUUGAAAUUGACAUGUCGGCUGAUGAUGUGUUGGUGAUAUUCGAAUCGCUUGAUAUAGUAACUGAGUCAGUACAAACAGAUAUUUAUAAAAGGUUUGUACAUCUGGGUUUGCAGUGUUUGUUGGAGUGUUCGGAGGGCAAUGAAUUAAAAGGUCCCGAUCCGUUUGCAAAAACUGUUCAAUACUUGAAGCUGACCUUUAGCAAAAAAUAUCAGAACGAGGAAAACUUUGAAUACCUUUGUGAAACAAUGGAAAAUUUGUUUAGCCGUUUCACUGUUAAAACUAGCAUUUUCCAAGAAUACAUUCAGAUACUCUGCUUGCUACCACAAAAAUAUGUUUGCUCUUUGCUCAAACCGAGCACAUGGGUUGACAAACGGAACAUACUCAAAUUGGAAAAAGUAAUUCAAUUGCAGUUUUCUAUUCAUAAGUACAACCAGACAGCUACUGAUAUGCAUUUGCUCGGUCUUAGUGACAUACUAAAAGCAGUGUCCCGACUCGACGCAGAAAACGAAAGAGUGCAGAGGUAUUUUCUGCAUUCUUUCCUCAAUUUUGUUACUUCGUUAGAGAACCACAAGUCAUUGAAUAACUGGAUUAUCGAACUUAUUGGCUACAUCCAGACAGAAUUGAUCGAAAAACAGCUGACACCUCUUGUGGAGGUUCUUUUCAUGGUUGAUGUCUUCAUGAUUGUUGUUACCGGAUUGUCCGGGUAUGUAUCGUUACUCAGCACUGAUGCGAUAGUUGCUUGCUUGGAUGAGAGGUUGUCCAUCUUUCCGCCGUGUCUUGUUAUGUUGUUUAAUCAAAAUUUAUUGAGGGAUAUUGAGAAUAAGAUCUAUGAGUUUCUUUACCACUUGCACAACCAUUCCGGUAUUCCAAGAAGUUAUGCUGGUUGUUUUGAGAAAGCCAUUAUUUGCUGUAAAGAGCAGUCCUAUUUCCAGCAGCCGCAAUUAUGGUCCAAAUUUGUAUCGCUUCGACGAGCGUCAUAGCAGUUACAUACCUCAACCUUAAGGCAUUAACUAGAAAAUCAAAAAGUUUUUUGGACGAAUUGUACAAUGUUUCUACCUUGUUAUUGAUUAACGCAUUUUUUUUUUGUUUAUUUCCGAAAUCCAUUAACAGUAA